AUGGAGAACCACACAUACCCUGACCAUGUUCUCCUCCUGGAGGGGUUAAAGGUCACUCAACAGUCCUCGUACCCUGCCUUCAUCCUCUUCCUCAGUAUCUACAUCUUCACAAUGGUGGCCAACAUCGGACUCAUAGUGUUGAUCUCCAUGGAGAGGAGCCUGCACCAGCCCAUGUACAUCCUCUUCUGCAACCUGCCUCUUAAUGACAUAAUCGGGGCUACAGCGAUGAUACCUCGUCUGUUAUGGGAUAUUUUGACUGCAGCGCCUGAGCGAUAUAUCACUUACAUAGAGUGUGUCAUUCAGGCUUUCUAUACUCAUGUUUAUGCCACGACAUCACACACCAUUCUCAUGAUCAUGGCCUUUGACAGGUAUGUAGCCAUCUGCAACCCCCUGCGGUACGUUACCAUCAUGACAAACAAAAUUGUGAUCAGGCUUUCUGUGUCUGCCUGGGGGGUGGCCAUAGUCUUAGUGGGGAUUCUGCUGGGCCUCACCAUCCGCCUGUCACGCUGCAGGUCGAACAUAUUUAACCCUUACUGCGACAACGCCUCCUUAUUCAAGCUCUCCUGUGAGAGCGUGUUUAUAAAUAACAUAUAUGGCUUAACCUUUACUGUUGUGCUGUUUGUCUCGUCCAUAGGCAGCAUCAGUCUCACCUAUCUCAAGAUCGCCAUUGUGUGUCUGAGCAGUAAAAACAGCUCCUUAAACAGCAAGGCCCUGACAACCUGCAGCACACACUUACUGGUCUACCUCAUUGUGCUGGGAUGUGGAUUCACCAUUAUUACCCUCCACCGCUUCCCAGCCUAUGCAGACCUGCGCAAACUGAGUAGUGUACUGGGUAGUGUGGUCCCUACUUGUCUCAACCCCAUAAUAUAUGGUUUACAGACUAAAGAGAUUAAACAGAGGAUAUUUAGAGUGUUUCACAGAGCUAAAGUGGCCACAUGA